AUGAGUGGCCCUCAGCCUGCCAUGCCAGAGCAGAGCCCAGCCGAGGAAGCUGGAGGCCCAACAGGAAAAGCUAUGAUGGGUGCCUGGGAGAAGGGCCCUCGGCUGGGCCAGCGGCUGCCUUCAAUCGUGGUAGAGCCCAGUGAGGUGGGUGCCAUGGAGAGUGGGGAGCUGCGCUGGCCCCCGGAGGGCACCCAGAGGGGGUCCAUCCAGAGCCAGGCUGCUGCUGCCUCUUCACGGAGCCUGCCAGGAGCACCGGGGGAGGCUCCGGGUGACGCCGGCCCCGAGGACCAGACCUCUUGCCUCCAGUGACAGGAGGAGGACGUGGCCAGGUUCUGCUCUCCCUGGGCCCUGCAGGCCUUGCCCCGUCUCCAGCAACUGAAAGCGCCCG